UCCUCCCCGAAAGUUCCGGCCGCCAAGAUUGCAGGUUCCCACCAAGCAUUGUUUCCGAACUGGGCCACAAGAGCGUGUUCCUGAUUGGCUUGCUCUGGAGGUUGGGAAGGGACGUGUUAGAGACUGGGACCACUUCCUGAAGCGCGAGGCAGGAAGUUAUAUGCGUUUUCUGGAGUCCUGUAGAGAAAGUGCUCUCUGCCGCAUUGGUGUCGGCGAGAGCUGGAGGUGUUGGGUCGGGAGACCAGCCGUUCGGUCCCGCCGCAGGUAGGAGCUGGUUUCCAUCGCGGCACCACGGCACACACCUCCAGCCCUGAGCCCAGAGUGACUGCCCGGGGGUCUCCUUCAGGCUUCUUGACGCCGUUCCAGGGGGCACCUAGCCAGGCAUCCUCUGGGCUUCUAGCCAGAGGACUGGCUCCCGGCUUCAGCACUCUGGGCUGCAGUAACAAGUGCCCUUAUCGCCCUGAGCCCUGCCACCAUCCCGUGAACCACCGAAACCCUGGUCCAGCGCGACAGCCUUGGACCUGGGACUGGACGGAUCCAAAACGCUCAGCCCCGGCCCCCCACAGACGGGGCUCUGCAUCGUCUCUGAUAUGUCACCCACCAUCUCCCACAAGGACAGCAGCCGGCAACGGCGGCCAGGGAAUUUCAGUCACUCUUUGGAUAUGAAGAGCGGUCCCCUGCCUCCGGGCGGUUGGGAUGACAGUCAUUUGGACUCAGCGGGCCGAGAAGGGGACAGAGAAGCUCUUCUGGGGGAUACCGGCACUGGCGACUUCUUAAAAGCCCCACGGAGCUUCCGGGCGGAACUAAGCAGCAUUUUGCUGCUACUCUUUCUUUACGUGCUUCAGGGUAUUCCCUUGGGCUUGGCGGGAAGCAUCCCACUCAUUUUGCAAAGCAAAAAUGUUAGCUAUACAGACCAAGCUUUCUUCAGUUUUGUCUUUUGGCCUUUCAGUCUCAAAUUACUCUGGGCCCCGUUGGUGGAUGCUGUCUACGUUAAGAACUUCGGUCGUCGCAAAUCUUGGCUUGUCCCGACACAGUAUAUACUAGGACUCUUCAUGAUAUAUUUAUCCACUCAGGUGGACCGUUUGCUUGGGAAUACCGAAGGCAGGACACCCGACGUGAUUGCUCUCACUGUGGCAUUCUUUUUGUUUGAAUUCUUGGCCGCCACUCAGGACAUUGCUGUCGAUGGUUGGGCGUUAACUAUGUUAUCCAGGGAAAAUGUGGGUUAUGCUUCUACUUGCAAUUCGGUGGGCCAAACAGCGGGUUACUUUUUGGGCAAUGUUUUGUUUUUGGCCCUUGAAUCUGCCGACUUUUGUAACAAAUAUUUGCGAUUUCAGCCUCAACCCAGAGGAAUCGUUACUCUUGCAGAUUUCCUUUUUUUCUGGGGAACUGUAUUUUUAAUAACAACAACAUUGGUUGCCCUUCUGAAAAAAGAAAACAAAGAAGUAUCAGUAGUAAAAGAAGAAACACAAGGAAUCACAGAUACUUACAAGCUGCUUUUUGCAAUUAUAAAAAUGCCAGCAGUUCUGACAUUUUGCCUUCUGAUUCUAACUGCAAAGAUUGGUUUUUCAGCAGCAGAUGCUGUAACAGGACUGAAAUUGGUAGAAGAGGGAGUACCCAAAGAACAUUUAGCCUUAUUGGCAGUUCCAAUGGUUCCUUUGCAGAUAAUACUGCCUCUGAUUAUCAGCAAAUACACUGCAGGUCCCCAGCCAUUAAACACAUUUUACAAAGCCAUGCCCUACAGAUUAUUGCUUGGGUUAGAAUAUGCCCUACUGGUUUGGUGGACUCCUAAAGUAGAACAUCAAGGGGGAUUCCCUAUAUAUUACUAUAUCAUAGUCCUGCUGAGUUAUGCUUUACAUCAGGUUACAGUGUACAGCAUGUAUGUUUCUAUAAUGGCUUUCAAUGCAAAGGUUAGUGAUCCACUUAUUGGAGGAACAUACAUGACCCUUUUAAAUACCGUGUCCAAUCUGGGAGGAAACUGGCCUUCUACAGUAGCUCUUUGGCUUGUAGAUCCCCUCACAGUAAAAGAGUGUGUAGGAGCAUCAAACCAGAAUUGUCGAACACCUGAUGCUGUUGAGCUUUGCAGAAAACUGGGUGGCUCAUGUGUUACAGCCCUGGAUGGUUAUUAUGUGGAGUCCAUUAUUUGUGUUUUCAUUGGAUUUGGUUGGUGGUUCUUUCUUGGUCCAAAAUUUAAAAAGUUACAGGAUGAAGGAUCAACUUCAUGGAAAUGCAAAAGGAACAAUUAAUAUAUACACUACUGGAUGUUCUAGAAAGGUAAUUUAGUUUAGUUUUAAUUCGGAGAGCAAUGAUAAUCAGUGCACAGGAAUAUAAAAUAUUAUUUUAAACAGCAAAAUUAAUAAUAUAAAAUGCCAAAUGGUUGAAAAAAUAGAAACCUCUCUGUAUAUUUGAUCAUAUUUUUCUUUGCCUUGUCGAUGUAUUUAAAGUUUGCUUAAGGUCAGGAAAUUCUAAAACAACUUUUCUGGCCUCGUUAUUUGAUUUAUAUCUUUUAAAUUUACUGACCAAAGCAUGUUUUAAGCUGCAAUGCAGUAGUCAUGGGUGGUAACCAUGUAGUUAAGUAUAGUUAUUAGUACCUAUCACUGCUGGAUCUGUAUUUAAAAUUGUGGUACAAUAUAUAAAAUGGAGAAGAACUUGAUAUUCAGGUACUAACCACAACUAGUCUGACAUUGUUGGCAGUUAAAAUCUUAUUUUGAAUUGUAAAUUAGUUAAAUUUUAUGUGGAAUUUGCUGAGAAGAGAAUAUAGACUACUGAAAUGUCAUUUUAGUUAUUUUUCUUAUGACCAUAUUGUACAAAUGAAUCUGUGUUAAAAAGACUAUUUUAAAUGUAUUUCCUGCUUUUGUAAGCAUUAAAGAUUUAUAAGAAAAUUAUUCAAACUAUUUUUUAUAAAAUGAAAGUUAUGAUUUUUAAACUUAUUGAUUACUCUUGUCCCUACCGCCUCUUUUUGGAAGAUAUUUUGAUUCCUUAUAAACUUUUACCCUAAGCUUACAUAUGUUUUCUGUCACAAGUGCUUCAUGGCACACAGACAGCCAAUGGAGGGGAUCAAAUUCAGUGUUGUAUGUAUGUUUAUGGCAACAUUUUGAAAAUAAAAAUUAAAUGUUAUUCUUCAAGUAGUUUUUUUUAAUUGCUGAGAAAAAAAAAACACAGUAAAGCUUUCUGAUUAAGUAAAAUUUAAAUGGACAGUACCAUAAUUUAAAAAACUAAUACUUUAAAGAGAGACACAAAGAUAUUUUGUGCCUUUGACAAAUUAAUAGUGGAAAAAUGUUUCUUAAUUAAGCACUUUACUAGUGAAAAAGAUCUCACAAUUUAUGCCAAAUCAGGUACUGUAUUUUCAUUUAUUAACACAUAACCUUUUGUUUGAAUACUGUAAUUUUCAGUGGACAGUUGCUAUUCCAAGAAAAUUAAGCUUUUGAGUACUUUAGUAAUUCCCAGCAUAUUAUAUACACCGAGUGAUAAGGUUCUUUGCAUGUUUUGUGUUAUGUAUUACUCUGACUCUUUAGAGAUUAUAUAAAUCCUUCAAAAGUUAGAGGAAACAAGAUAGUACAUUAUGAGUCUUAAUUUUAUCAUUGUGGAACAAUGUGUACUAACUCCUGAUUAUGUUAAUUUUAUAACAUAGGUUGAAUUUUAGAGUGGGGUUUUUAUAAGUAAUGGAGGAUAAAAUGGGUGGGAGAAGAUGACACACAGCACCUGAAGAAAGAUGGGGCAGUGACCUCUAAAACUCAUGCAUUGCCAUUGGAAAGCCUGUGUUGGGCAUCGAUGUCAGAUCCUGAAGAAUCACCUGGAAAAAAUCCCAUCCUAGAGGCAAGGAGACACCACCAAACCAUACACUGCAGUACUUUGUCACAUGGUUGUCCAUUAUCAUGUAUUAAUAAAGAAAAAAACCCACUUAACUCUUAC